CCUUUGCUAUAGCAGAUAUCCCUUUAGAAAAAGUUGAUUCGUUACUUAAUUUUUUUAGAAAACAUUGUAAAGAAGGUGGUGCUAUCCCACAAGCAGCAACAUUAUGUCAACUGUAUGUGCCUUGUGUUUUUUCUACACAUUUGGAAAAUCUCAAAACUCUUUUUUGUCAAAAAUCUGUUGCUAUAAUCAUGGAUGAAACUACGGAUGCUUGUCAAAGAAGUGUAGUUAACACUCUUUUUGCAUAUCACAACAAUACAAAAUUAGUUUCUGUAGACUUUCUUGCACAUGUAAAUAAUGUAACUAUGGGCCAAACACUUAUUAACAUUCUUCCAAAAUAUGAUAUUCCAAUUACUUCUCCUCGUCUUUUUCUUACAAAUUCAGCUGCAUAUAUGAAAAAGUGUUAUCGUGAAGUUUUACAUCCUAUAAUGCCACAAUUAAUUCAUAUUCCAUGCUGUGCACACAUUUUAAAUUUGAUUGGUGAUACUUGGCGUGUGUUUAAUCAUUUUUCAGUAAUUAAACAUUAUUAG